AACACACCACUCAAACUCUCACCCUCUUCACUUAUUUUCACCCCCCAAAAAAUGGGUAGAAGACCUUGCUGUUCAAAGGUUGGUUUACACCGUGGUGCAUGGUCCUCUGAAGAAGACCAACUCCUUGUUAACUACAUUCAAGCUCAUGGUGAAGGUCAAUGGCGAGCAUUGCCUUCUAAAGCCGGAUUGCUAAGAUGUGGGAAAAGUUGUAGGUUAAGAUGGAUGAACUAUCUAAGGCCAGGUAUUAAGAGAGGAAACUUUACAACCGAAGAGAAUGACCUCAUUAUCCGACUUCAUUCCCUCCACGGAAACCGGUGGUCCCACAUUGCCUCCGAGAUUCCGGGUCGAACCGACAAUGAGAUCAAGAACCACUGGAAUGCCCACAUCAAAAAAAAAUUGCUCCAAAAUGAAAACGACCCAAAAACAUCUAAAAAUAACAAAAAGACCAAAAGGAAAAACAACAAGAAGAAGCAGCAGCAGCAUCCAGAAGAUGACAUCAUCAAGGAAGAAAAACCAAGCCAAGAAAAGUCAAUGGAAGUCAAACUUGUCGAAUCUGCUGCGGCUUCUUCUUCAUCAGCCACCACAUUGUCAUCUAAUUACAAGAGUGUUGCGGAUGAUCAUAACGGGAUGGCAAGUAGUAGUAGUGGUGCAUCAUCAAGCUGUACAGUUGACUUUAAUGAUGCUGACUUUGACUUUUCUUGGCCAAACUUGUCUCCGUUUUUGGACGGUCGAUAUGAUUAUGAUUUCUUGAUAGACGGUUGCGAUGUUGUUAUGGCAAAAGAUGAUGACGAAAACUUAAUGCUCGAUAAGCUCUACCAUGAAUACCAAAAUCUACUCAAUCAUGAAGAUGUGGUAGACAAGGAUCUUUUAACUAGUUAAAUAAUAAUUAUUCUAAGCUUCAGCUUAUUACGUAUUGCUCAUUCUAGUCAAACAUUUGUAAGUUGGUAUUAAAUAAUUAUUUUAAGAAAAAAAAAAAAGAUCUGCAUUGUUGGAAUGCUAAAUGAAACUGGCAGUUUCAGACAA